AUGACACAAUACCUCAUAUUGUGGGUCCUCAUCCUAAAUGCCUCUCUCAAGCCCUCAGAAAGCCACGGUCCUGAAUUUGAAGAGGGGAAGCACUAUGAGGUGGUUCGACCUUAUCGGGAAAUAGGCAAAUUUUCAGAGGCAAAUCAAUAUGACCAGCUUCCAAGUGAAUUACUCACCAAAGACUACUCCGAGACUUACUACCAAGAAGACGGGACUCGAGUCACCACAGUACCAAAGGACAUUGAUCACUGCUACUAUCACGGGAGGAUUGUGAACGACAGUGAAUCGUCUGUGAGCAUCAGCACCUGUGAUGGACUGAGGGGUUACUUCAGAACAUCUGCCCAGAGGUACCUGAUUGAGCCGCUGUCCAGUGAUGAUGAGGGGGAUCAUGCAGUGACAACUUUUAAUCCAAAGAACUUCACACCUGCUGUGUGUGGGGUCACUAACACCAGCUGGAGUGACGACUUUGAACCUCAAAUCAGCCGCAGCCGCUCCAGAUCAGCGGGUAUUUCUAUUGUCCAGCAGCAGAAAUACAUUGAGCUCUUCCUUGUUGCUGAUAACCGUGAGUAUGUGAAGAUGAACAAGGACCAAACGAAGCUGAGAGAGAGAAUAUUUGAGAUUGUCAACUUUGUCAAUGUGGUCUACAAACCUCUGAGGACCUUUAUUGCUCUGGUCGGGCUGGAGAUAUGGUCCAAUAAUGACUUGAUCACUGUGACCCCCCCAGCAGGGGCAAACCUGGAAGCUUUCAGGUCGUGGAGGAACUCUGAGCUGGUGAAGAGGACAAAACAUGACAACGCACACCUUAUCAGUGGUAUCAACUUUAAAGGAGCAACUCUGGGUCUUGCUUACGUUGGGACUCUGUGCUCUGGUCACUCUGUCGGGGUAGUACAGGAUCACACUGACCGAGCCAUUGCAGUGGGAGCAACGCUGGCUCAUGAGAUGGGCCAUAACCUGGGCAUGAACCACGAUGACUCCAGUAGCUGUUUUUGCUCUGGAGAAAGCUGCAUCAUGGCAGCAGCUCUCAGCUGGAAAACUCCUCAAUCUUUCAGCAGCUGCAGCACCAACAACUAUGAAAACUACCAAACAACCCGCACCCCCACCUGUCUGCUGGACAAACCAAACUACAAGAACAUCGUGGCUCCUGCAGUCUGUGGAAACGGCUUCAGGGAGGAAGGAGAGCAGUGUGACUGCGGCUCUGUGCAGGAGUGCACCAAUCUCUGCUGCAAUGCCACCACCUGCACCCUGAAGGAGGGCUCACAGUGUGCUGAAGGCGAGUGCUGUGAGAACUGUAAGAUCUCACCUACCACCAGAGAGUGCCGCAGGAAGCAGGAUGACUGUGAUCUGGCAGAGUACUGUGACGGGAAGAGUCCCGCCUGUUCAGAGGAUGUGUUUGCUGUGAACGGGCUCCCGUGUGAUGGAGGCCUGGGGUACUGCUACAAUGGCCAGUGUCCACAGAGACCUAAGCAGUGUGUCAAGAUGUAUGGUUCAGGUGCUACAGAGGCCGUUCAAUCCUGCUAUAACCACAACACCAAAGGAGUCUACUAUGGCUUCUGCAGAUGUCCCUCAAAGGACCAGUACAUCCCCUGCCAGCAAGAAGAUGUUCUUUGUGGAAAACUCUUCUGCAGCAGCAGUAACGACGACCCAAACUACGGCCAGAUGGUCAAGGUCGGCAAAUGCUUGGCAACUUUUUUCUCUGACUAUACCAAAGACUACAGUCUGGUGGAAACAGGGACUAAAUGCGGAGAUGAAAAGGUGUGCAGCCAGAGUCAGUGUGUAGAUCUGCAGACAGCUUACAGAAUCACAAACUGCUCAGCAAACUGCCCAGGCCAUGCUGUGUGUAACCACAAAAGCGAGUGUCAGUGUGAGCCUGGAUGGAAGCUUCCUUACUGCGACACAAUGGAUGAAGCUUUUAGUGAUACUAGGAAAACUGUAGCCAUCGCAGUCGCAGUUACACUGUUGCUUCUAGGUAUCAUAGCUGCCAUCGCAGGAAUCAUCUGGAAGAAGCGGCAAAGUCCCACGCUGCCAACUGCAGCAACACAGAGGAAGCAGAGGGCUGUGGAAAACCCUGCUUACCACCUCGACAAACAGCCCGCACCCAGUUACCAUGGGCCAAUCCGACAGGCUGACAGACUGAAAACUGAAGGACCUCCACCUCAACCACCCCCAACAGGGAACAAACCCAAACCAGGCAUUCAGAUCUACAGAGCUGCACCACCCCCACCAGCCAUUCAGAACUAC